AUGUUUCCACUUCUGUCUCCGGAUUCAGCCUCUGAAACAUGUCAGCCUAAACGCUCAACGGAGGCUGCUUCCACCAUGAUCUACGAUUCACCUCCUCGACCAACACUGGUCCGAUACUGCCAACCGGAGGCCUCACCUGCUCCACCGGCCGUAAAACCGCAGCCAUGGCGCAACACGAAUUCUACGACUUACCUUGACGUGGGUGAUGGCUCAAACGGCAGCUCUGUAGCCCGACAGCUCGAAAAGACUUUCAACGAGUCUCCACAAGGAGGGCCGUCUGUCGAAGUCGUACUUAACAAAUUGUUUCCGCCACUUCAGUGGGUUGAUGGCGACACACUCUUUACUCAGUACAUCAGUACCGCCCCUGCAGAUCGACUGGACGUUUUGAAGACGCAAGAGGACCUGGAUGAGGAACUCAUUCGUCGACAUGCAAGUGAAACGGGGAUUUGCCCCAUACGAUACGAACUUCUCCUUCAGUGCUUCGAUGAAUUGAUACGUCAUGUCGCCAUUCAAGGCCCCGAAAGGGCUUUGCUGUUGCUUCGACUCAAGGAGGAAGCGCGUGUGACAAUAGCAGCUUACGAAGCGCUUUCGGAGGCAUGUGUCAACUUCUCGUCCCGCAAGCAACUCCAGAGCGAAAUCGCUGUAGGAGACCGCGAACAACGAAUCGCCGUUCUUGAAGAGGAGAAUUCGCGUCUACGGGCCAAGGUUGCCAGUCUCAAGCGGCAAGCAGAGGCUGUCGAAGCAAGAGAAGCAACAAGAUUACAGGUCCUACGAGCCAAACAUCAGGCUGAGAUUGAAUUCCUCAAUCAACAACUGGCAUUUCAAGAAAACAUCUUGCUGAACACACAGAACAGUAACGGGAAAACGACCGCCGACCAGCAGCAGCAACAAAAGAAGAGGAUUUGA